AUGACUGUCUCUUCUCCUCAUACCCCUCUCCGAACCCUCAAUGCAUCGAAACUUAAGAUCCAGUACACGACGCAGCCCAAACCCGUGCCAGCGUCCGACGCACCGGAAGUCAUCUCCCAUUCCGCGUGUACAGACCACAUGCUCGUCGCACGGUGGGACGAUGCAUCAGGAUGGGCGGAUCCAGAAAUUGUCCCACAUGGCGGGCUGACGCUCAUGCUAACCGCGAGCGUGCUGCACUAUGCCACAGCCUGCUUCGAGGGAAUGAAAGUGCAUCGCGGAGUCGACGGGAAGCUACGACUCUUCCGCCCAUGGCUCAACUGCGAGCGCAUGCUCAAGUCGUCACAGCGCAUCUCCUUACCGAGCGUUGAUCCGGCAGAGCUGCUCAAGCUUGUGCGUGCGCUUUGCACGGUGGAUGGGCCAAAAUGGUUGCCCAAGGAUACGGCACGGGGUUCAGGGUUGUAUAUUCGCCCAACUUUGAUCGGAACAGAUCAUAGCCUCGGAUUUCAGGUGCCGCAGGAGGCACUGCUGUUCGUAGUUAUCUCGUACUGGGCUGCUCCUGGCCAGAAUGAGUUGAGCAUAAGUAGCACAAGGGCAAAACCGGCUCCACGAGGACUGCGGUUGUAUGCGAGUCCAGAAGACACGGUGCGCGCAUGGCCUGGAGGUACAGGGGCGGCGAAGCUCUCUGCGAACUAUGGUCCCACAUUGAUGUCGCACGCCCAGGCUAAAAAGUUGGAGUAUGAUCAGGUGUUAUGGCUAUUUGGUCCAGAAUGCCAAAUCACCGAAGCUGGAUCGUCGAAUUUCUUCGUCAUCUGGCGAACCCAAGAGGACAAACUGCAACUUGUGACAGCAGCGUUGCAUGAUCAGUUGAUCUUACCAGGAGUGACCCGGCAGAGUAUUCUUGAGUUGGCUAGGGAGCGGUUUGCAACGACGAAGCAGAAUGCUCAUGGAGACCAUAUCGAGGCACUGGAAGUACUCGAGGGCAAGCUGAGUAUGUUCGAUAUCAUUGCGGCUGCGGAGGAGGAGAGGUUGCUUGCAGCAUUUUCGGUCGGAACCGCAGCGUUUGUGACACCAGUGUCUCAGAUUCUUUUCCGUGGUCAACCAAUUGAUAUCAACGAGGCUGCAGUUCCGCAUGUGGAUGCACUGCGCGGCUGGAUGACGGAUAUUAUGUAUGGAAAGGAGAUUAGUCCGUGGGUUGAUGAAGUGAGCGAAGACUAA